AUGGCCAAGACUGAACCCAAGCCAGUGCAGGACCUUGCAGUGGUGGGUACUGUCCACCGAGGACAGAUGCUGCUGAAGCACUCUCAGCUCAUGUCUGAACAGAUUGCUGAAGUGUUGAUGGGAGUGGUCAUGAUCUACUGGGCUGACCACGAGAAAAGCAUUGCGGAUCUCAUAGUGCAGGCUGGGGUGAGAGUACUGGAAUGUCAAGACAAGGUAGCUGCCACAAAAACUAGAGUUGUCCAGGCAUGCCGUGCCAGCCCCACUGCCGGGGGAGAAAAUGCAUCAAGCCGGCACCUGGAGGUGCGCGGCUGUCUGGAAAUCCUCUUCGAGGAUGCACGCAAGAGCAUGGUGAAUGACCUGGUGCCUUCUGUGCUUCGUGGGGACACUUGUUUACUCCACAGGUUUUUCCAAAGCUACCGAUCAGUUGGCACCACACAGCAGGUGCUGGAGCUGCUGUUGAAAAGAUGUGACACCCUCAUGAACUCCUGCCGACAUGGCCACAUCCUUGCCUGCUUUGGCAGAGGUGGUGAACGUCAGGGUCAACUCAGGAAGGCCAUCUCCACCAUCCUGGGCACCUGGCUGGACACCUACCACCAGCACUUCCAGGAGCCUCCGGACUUCCCGUGCCUCAAGCAGCUGGUGGCCUACGUGCAGCUGCGCUUCCCUGGCUCACAUCUGGAGCACCGCGCCCACCUUCUGCUGGCCCAGCUGCAGGGCCUGGUUCCGCCGGAUGAUGAGUCUAAGGCUCCGUCAUCACUUCCAGAGGAGGAGUCAGCUGUGUCAGAGACUCUGGAGCUGGACUCAGCCUCAGAGCCACAGGCACCCGCACAGCCACCUGGGCCUUCAUCCGAGGCCACAGCAAACACAGUGAGUAGACAGAAACCCUGCUUCCUGGGUCCCCUCCUGAGCUGGUGACAGAGCAGUUCAUGCUGAGGGCUGCGGGAGCGGCUGGGCUCAGCAGGGCAGGGCCC